AUGUCCGUCUUAGGCGCCCGUCCGUACCCUCCAAAGUCCAUUCUCAAACCAAUUCGCCGUUACGCCAGUGCCAAUCCUUCAAAAUCACUACCCAAUCGCCAAUCAUCCUCCUUAACCCGUCAAUCGAACAGUACGGACGAGAUUCAGCAACCAUCUAUCCACGACGAGCUACCGCAGGAGCUGAUCGAUACUAUCAUCGACUUCCUUCACUCAGACAAAGUUACGCUGCGGAAUCUGACAGUAGUCUCCAGAGCCUGGCUUCCCCGCGCCCGCCUUCACCUGUUGCCGAAGAACAUCUAUUUCUGCCUCCACGCCGCAAAUGUCGAGAGAGUUGUUGGCGUCCUCUCGUCUCCCAUACGCACAAUCGGCCCGUAUGUUCGUGGUUUGCAUCUUCAGAUCGACGAGCUUCGCCGUGCCAACCCCAAAGGCCCAGUUCUCGCCGAUCACGAUGCUAUCUUUCAGCACAAGUCCCAGCAAGUGCAUCUUCGCGACAGCCUCGGUAUCGUCGCGGUUGCAUGCAGAAGUCUCAAUUUCCUGAAGUUGACGACACAGUAUGAGUCACCGUACCCUGGUCCGGUCGACGCCGAUGUCUUUAUCAUUCAGAUCCGCUCCUUCAAGCUUCUAACGCACCUCGAGCUCGAUGCUUGCGUCUUCGGCGCAUUCGAGGAGUUUCUUUCAGUUAUAUGUGCCCCAAGGUCCCUUCGCGCCUUGUUGGUGCAGAACCGUAGAUGCUGGGGAUGGGAAAGCGCUCGAAAGACUCCUCAAGCCUUCCCUUCCCUCCGUCUGCCCCCACGACUGUCUCGUUUGGAGGUGGUCGCCGAAAGGCCGCAUCUCUUCUUUGAAUGGAUUCAAAAUACUCCUGUACUCCCAAAGAUCACGACACUCUCCCUUGGUGGCUCCGAAAACGCCGAUGAAUCCUUAAGAGACGCAAGUAGAGGACUCCUACAGGCGCUUGGCCCUGAAUUAAAAAUAGCCAGACUUUUUGGGUGGCAUUGGCUCGACGGAGCCGACGUCUCUCGAUGGAUGAACCUCCAAACGUUGACGAUCAGCCACUUCGACCUCAUCGUCGCUGGCGCUCGGAUGGAGAGGCUUUUCAAACAGCUUCCCGCUUCCUCAUUAAUCAAAAUUAACUUCUACUUCCUCCUGGAUGAUGGUGCAGACCUUGAUGCCGUUCCUUGGCACUGGAUUGCGCGGGCCUUGAAUCACCCAAAAUUCCGAAAUCUCAAAGUCCUGCGAUUCCAAGGGCGAACAAAGGGUCAUGAACUAGAAGUAAUCCUUCGCGAAAAAUUUGAGUGGCUGGACCGAAAAGGUGUCCUGUCUGUGAAGACGAAAGAUCGCCAUGUCGGCCCCUGGGCUUAG